AAAAUUUAUGCAGUACAACAAGAGUAAAUGUACGAAUUCGUUUGGAUUAUAUAAGUUUUUGAACUGUGAAAAAGAAAUUAGUGUGAAAUAUUGAAAAUAUAUCAAAAGUGUAAACGCCAGUGCGAUACAACAUUAUCAACCACAGUGUAUAUUUGUAUACGUUUUGACGGAACUAACCUAACCGACCCUAAUCGCGACAACAGCGCCACUCUCAUCGGUCACCUUUUGUGAAAUAUUUUUCAAUAACAACAAUGAGAAAAGUUGAUGAAUUAAGAUAUAAAUUUCAAGAAAAAUUAAAAGAUGGCGUACCUAAUCCGCCAGGUGAAUUUGACACAAAGGACAUUGAAAGAGUUAAAGACGAUAAAUACAUGAAUAGAAUAAUAGAACAUUGCGAAGGUAAUGUUGAAUUAAGUUUAAAAAUGCUUUGGUCAACUUUAAUAUGGAGGAAAAAUAACAACAUAAAUAAUAUAAAAGAAAUAGUUAACAUGGAUUAUCUUAGAGAAGGUUUAUUUUUUCCUAGAGGAAGAGAUAUAGAUGGUUGUUUGAUAUUUAUUUUAAAAUGGAAAUUAAAUAACAAAGGAAUUAAAAAUGUUGAAGAUUUAAAAAAGGUUAUUGUAUAUUGGUUGGAAAGGUUAGAAAGAGAAGAAUUCGGUAAACCAAUAACUGUUUUCUUUGAUUUAGAAGGAUGUGGUAUGAAUAAUAUAGAAGUUGAAGUAGUGACUUAUAUGAUAACCUUAUUAAAGAAUUAUUAUCCUAAAUUUGUUAAUUAUAUUAUAAUUUAUCAAAUGCCGUGGAUUAUGACAGCCGGGUAUAGGAUUGUAAAAGGGUUAUUACCAGCCAGAGCUAUUGAAAGACUAAGAGUCAUAAAUAAAGACAAAAUAAAAGAUUUUAUCCCAUUAAAUCAAGCAUUAAAAUGUUACGGCGGUACGGAUGAUUAUGAAUUCCAAUUUGUACCGGAAAGAAACAACGGAUACAAAAGAGUUACAUUCGUUGAUGGUAACGCUAUUAUAACGGAUCUUCAAAUAAUCCCAAACGAUUAUCUAACGUUUACCAUAGACAAUAACAGUUUGAAAUCGGAAUUAACCGUUAUUAAUCAGAAUAACAUUAGAAUAUCAUUUAAAAUAAGAACAACUGGACCGGAAAAAUUUAAAGUGAAACCAACUUCAGGUAUUUUAUCACCAAAUGAAAUGCAAAAAAUAGUUAUAACAGUUUUAUCAGGAUUCGAUUGUAAUGUAGCUGUAAAAGAAAGAUUUCUGGUUUUGUCUACUUUUAUAGAUGAUAAUUUAAUACAGAAACAAAUAGACGAAGUAUGGCAGAAUCCUAAAGCUAAAGUCAAUGAACAUAGAUUAAAAUGUAAACUUUCGGUUGAAGAGAAUACGGAACGAAAAUCAACAAUGAUAGAAUCACUGGCCAAGCUUGAUAGUAAAUAUUUUUAUUUAAAAAGGAGUAUAGAUAUUUUAAAAUUAUUCGAAAUUUUAACACUCGCUUUUAGUACAGUUUUAGUGAUUUUUGGAUAUAUGUUGUAUAAAAGGACAAAAAACGUUUAUUGUGAUGUUUGA